AUGGCCGAAAGUGACAGCAGUUCCAUAUUGGGAUUUACAAAGCUAAACAGUUUCAAUUACAGUAGUUGGAAAAUAAAUAUGAAAGUAUUACUCAUCGAUAAAGGCUCUUGGGAAUUUGUUGGUGGUACAGAGAAGCCAUUACCAACUGAUGCAACAGACAGAGACUUACGCUCUUAUGAAAUGCGAAAAGCUAGAAGUUACUCUACUAUAUUCCAAGGAAUUGAUGAGCAGUUUCAACCGCUGAUAGCCGACACAGAGGACGGAAAGACAGCGUGGACUAUUUUGAAGGAAAACUUUGAACCUACCUCCCGAGCACGGUUAGCCGGACUUAUUGAUGAAUUCUUUGAAUUGAAGUUUGAUCCAGAGAAGGAGACUAUUGGCAUUUUCUGCAAGUUAGUAAAUGAAAAAAGGAAACAGAUUCAUGACGCAGGUUUUGAAAUGCCAGAAAAGCUCACAUGUUUCCAAUUAAUUAGAAGAUUGCCAGCAGAUUAUGACAACUUAGUUCAAAUGCUUUAUCGACUAGAAGAUAAAGAUUUUUCGAUUUCUAAUGUUGAAAAGGAGCUCCUAAUCGAAUCUGGAAGGAUACAACAAAAGCAGAAAGACAGAGGAGAGGACAUAGUCGCCGAUGCUUAUACUACUUCAUCUACUAGAAAGCAAGCCUAUCGGAAGUUGAAUGGAAAUAAAAGCAGUGGUCGCGUCCUGGGCAAUGAUACAACAACAACAAUUAUGUGUUCCUACUGCAAUAAGAAAGGACAUAGUGCGGAAAGAUGUUUCCUGAAGAAGAAAACCACGAAACGGAAUUCUAAAACUCAAGAUUCCAAGGAAACUUUUUACAGUGAUUUGACUACGAUAAGAGAUGCUGAAAUUCGCCAAAGGAAAGACAAGCAGUUUGUUGAAUUCCUGAUUGACACUGCCAGCACAGCUCACUUCUGUACACAAAGAGACUACUUUAGUAACUUCAAGACUUUGAAUCCUAGUCAAGUACUUGUUGGAGAUAAAAAUAGUAAGUCUGAUAUUUUUGGUAUUGGUGAUAUACAUUUUAAUGUUAAAGAUAGAGAUAAAUUUGUUCCCAUAAAAUUAGAAAAUGUAUAUUUUGCACCCAAUAUGCGUAGAAAUUUAAUAAGCGGUUCGAAUAUGGAUUUAGCAGGGAUUACUGUAAAAUGGGGUAACAACAAAAUGACUGUAUUUGGUAAAAACCAUAAUUAUUUAUUUACUGUACCUAGAAUUGAUAAGUUGUAUAUACUUAAAGGCUAUGUUGAAAAAGUGGUAGUAACUAAAGAAUUAGCAUUUAGUACAGGUCUAGAUAGGGAAUUGGUUCAUAGACGAUUUUGCCACUUAAAUAUUGGAAUGUUAAAUCAUAUGAGUCAAAACAAUGUUGUGAAUGGUUUAGAUAAUUUGUGUGGUAAAUUUGAUACUUGUAAUACUUGUAAAAUAACUAAAUCGACUAGAACUAGUUUUAAAGUAAAUCAUGGUAUAAUGACUAAAAGUGUAUUAGAGAAAGUACAUAUGGAUGUUUGGGGUAUACGUAUGGAGAGAACUUCAGUAUACACUCCAGAACAAAAUGGGGUAGCCGAAUCUUAUAACAGAGUAGCUGGAGAGGGAAUACGCUCAAUGUUAGCCGAUAGUGGUUUAAAAGGUAGAUUUUGGGCAGAAGCACUGCAUUGUUUUGUUCACGUAAAGAAUCGUAGUGAACACAAACUACUGGAAGGUAAAACACCGUUUGAAAUUUUCUAUGGUUAUAAACCGUCAGUUAAACAUUUCAAAGUAUUUGGAUCUUUAGCGUAUGCUCAUAUCCCUAAAGUUCAGAGAAACAAACUACAACCAAAUGCAAAAGUAGGAAUUGUAACUGGAUAUGCAGUCAAUACUAAAGGUUAUAGAAUUUACUUGCCUAAAGAUAGGAAAACUAUAGAAACUAUACACGUAAAAAUUGAUGAAAGUAAAAACGGAGUUAAAACACUAUUUGGUAAACCUAGUAAUGAAAACUUUUUAUUUAUAAAUCUGAAUUCAGACAUCAAUUUUGAUAAUAAUGGAAAUGAGAUAGAUAAGGUUCAUGCUAAAUCUCCAGAUUUAAAAUUAAAACCUUUAAAAAUAACAGAAUGGACUAGAGUUGAGAGACCGCGUAAUAAAAGUAGCAGAAUAGAUGUUUACUAUUACCCUCCAAGCGAUAAAACCAGAUUGAGAUCAAACAACCAAGCUAAAGAAUAUUGCGAUAAAAACCAAAUUGAUGACACUGAUAGCGAAAGUGAAGAUUCGCCAUCUAAUUCUUUUGUAGAUAAUCAGAUAAGUGAUAUAUUUGAAGGUGAGGAAAUAGUUGAUAAGCCUCCCAAUGCUGAAGUAAUAGGAAAUAGGUGGGUUUAUGCAGUAAAAAGAGAUGAAAACAAUAAUGUUAAACAAUACAAAGCUAGACUUGUAGCACAAGGUUUUAGACAACAGCAUGGUGUAGACUUCCUUGAUGUAUUUUCACCAGUUGUGAAUUUUUCUGUUAUUAGAUUACUAUUUAUUAUUCUUGUGUCUAUGUUAUGUUGGAAAUAUGCACAGCUAGAUGUGAAAGCUGCAUAUUUGUAUGGAAAUCUUAGUGAGGUAAUUUAUAUGAAGCAACCUCCAGGUUUUGAAAUUGAAGGUGAAAUGAGUAAAAUCCUGAGGAGUCAGUACUCAGAGCAGUCUCCCCUGGCUGUAAUAAUAGCAAUUAUUUUCCUCGGCAUCGAAUCGAACAGAGAUUGGAAAGCCUGGGCAGGUACAGCAUUCUAUGCAGCUUCAACGUUAUGCCACAAUUCAUCGACCGUAGUGACUGAAGAGUGGUGA